AUGCCGAUGAAUGACCUUCAUGACUGUGUCGCUAGUGACACCCACGCACUUGACAGCAAUACUAGAGACAUUGAUUCACAUCCUGAGACUCCUAUCUUACCUCCCAUACAAGUCGUAGCAUCUGAUCUAUCUUCUGUAUCACGUAAUACUGAUGUAAACAGGAGCAUGUCGUCAUCUUUGUCUUCUUCUUCUGACUUUUUGCCAAGGCCCCAGAGUCAUGUACAGCACACAAUAUUGGACCUCGACAUUGAAGGAAGGACGUUAUAUGAUUCUACAGCUCAAGAUCCUGUUGGAAGUAGUAAUAAUGCGUCAUUUCAUGCUGAUCAUGUCUUGGGAGAGACCGAAGGAUUGAGACAGGAAUCAUUGGGCACUGUAUUAAGCACUUCAGUAAAUGGAGAAGAUGUGGGUACAAGAUUAUUACAAGCUAUGCCUCAGCUAGGUAUUGGUCAGUUGUUACACGAUUUUACAAGCCAAAUAUCACCCUGGAGAGGAUUUACAACAGGAAGAAAUGACGUUGGACAAGAUGAUACAGAAGAAGUGAAUGAAACGGAGAGGUUUCUGCGUAAUCAAGAAGCUGGUGAGGAGGUGGAAGAAGAAGAAGAAGAUGAAGAAGGAAGAGAAGCUUUGUUGUCUACUGAACGACCAUUGAACCCGAGGACAUCAUCAAUCUUAUCCAUGUCAUCAACUCAAGACUUUGAACGGAGUGAUAAUGUGUCACAUUUAGUGGAUGACAAUGGGAAUGAGGAUACUGCGAAUGGACCAUCAACUGUACGUGUGGACAAUUCUACACGAGGAAGACGUAAUUCGGACGAAGAAAGCGACGACCAGACAGCAAUGGACGAAGUACAGGCACUUUUCCGUCGAUGCCAUAAUUUCUUGCCGUUUCUUGCGCUUUUCCUCAUUUAUUUUGCGUACCAACAUGCGACUGGGAUUUUAGUGUUUGUUGUUGGCACAGUCGCAGUUAUGGGACUUGACCAACGCAUGCGAGCACAGAUUGCACUGAAAGAUAAAGCUAAUACGUGGCACCUGUUAGGUAUCGUCAUCAUGUGCGCGAUUAAUAUGGUUGCGAUCUGUUCUGUAGCAGGCGAGGCGAACCCGCUUCAUCACUUUUCACAAACGUUUCAGCCGAAAACAACAAAUCACGGUAGUGACAGUGAAAGCGAGCAAUUAUCAACUGGCGGUAUCUUUUGGCAGGUGCUUUGGACGGUGCUUGUGAACGAUUUUUUGAUUCGACUAUGGAGUGUUGUUGUAAAGGCGUUCGUAGCUGGCGCAAAAUCUGACCGCUUCCAGUGUGAAAGAAAGUUUAGGGAUGAGGCGACAACAAAUGCAGAUGAGUCUCCAUCCAUAGUGAUAUUAGUCGAAGAAACCGAUAGCACUGCAACAGCGGCGCCACUUACUCAGCAGGCAGUGUCAACAGUUGCGUUUUACCGACGAAAGCGAAAGCUAUAUGGGAUCAUCGAAAUGUGCUCUAUUUUCUUGCGGUCACUUCUCGCCAGUAUGCCAUGGUGCAGUUUUUACCAGCUUUGUGCUUCAAAGUUCAUGGCAGAUGUGUUUACUUUUGCCUACCUCUUUAUCAAGGGCUUGAUUCUCGCUAAUCAGGGCAGACGUAUCUUUAUACUGGCACGUUCCUUCGUGACGUUGGGGCUGGAGUUCGGAGUAUACGUCUCGCAUGAUGAUCUGGUGGAGGCAGGAUCCCCUGACUGCUCUAUCUGCUACGAAUCGAUGAAGCAGCCUGUUAAGCUUGCUUGCUCGCACAUGUUUUGCGAAGAGUGUGUGACCGAGUGGUUCGAUCACGAGCGCUCAUGCCCAUUGUGUCGAGCAAGUGUGGAGUCGUCUGGUCCAGCGGAUGCGGAGAACGUGAAGCCUCAAUUUCUUGACGGCCGAACUAGCCUCGUGCCACAGCUUUUGUAG